CAAGUUCCACAGGCAAGGUAUCUGGCAAACCGAUAACCAGCAAUGAACACUCUCAAGAAACUUGCCCCGGUAGCUAUGCUUUCCCUGAUUAUGCUAAGCAUGUUUAGUGACUCAGUAUCAGCAGUUUCACUUGCAGACUGUUGCCUCAAUUAUUCAAAGCAUCGAUUGCCAAGGAAAUACAUCUCUGGUUAUGUGGAGCAAAAAUCGAAUGAAAUAUGCGAGAUAGAUGCAGUUAUAUUCUACACCAUCGGAAGAAGAGCAGUGUGUGCAGAUCCUGAUCAGCAGUGGGUGAAGAGAGCACUGAAGUUUUUGAGCAAAAUACUGAAAAAAAUGUCACAAGAUUGAGCUGCAUCUUGAGAAAAGAAGUUAGCUGCAUUAGCUGCAUUUAUCUGAAAAAACCUUCCUGCAUAGUAUCUAUGUCCAGACAAAAUUGUUUGUUAAAACUGAUGUACUUUUUAUUACUCACAAUUGAUGUGAAAGCUGUUUUAUUGUAUGUUCUACUGAACAUGGUAAAGUAACUUAAUUGUAGAUUCUUAUUUAUUUUCUGCUACAAUCUGCUAGUUUCGAACUAGAUGAAAAUACUAGUAUUAUAAUCACCUGUAUAUUUAUCUGUCAAUCUCAAGGUUGAUUUAUUGGAAAGUGUAAGCUAAGGAGGAAUAUCUUUGAGUUUAUAUAUCACCAUGUUAAUUGACAUUUUAUGUAAUUUAAA